AUGGCUCUCUCACAAAUUCGUAUAUUUGACAUAAAACCUUCAGAUAUUGUUGCUCAAUUUGCUUCGAUUUGUUUUGAUGCAUCAUUAUCAGAAAUUAUGAUGGCAUUAUUGGCUGGAGCGAGUCUUAUGAUCUUUCAUUCGCCUGAAGAGCGAACAGGCUCAAAAUUAAUUGACACUCUGAAUUUGUUUUCCAUCACUGUAAUAACGCUUCCUCCUAGUCUUCUUUCAGCACUUGAUCCUCAAAAAUUACUUUGCAUUCGUACUAUCAUCUCGGCAGGUGAGCCAUGUCCAACGGUACUUGCAUACAAAUGGACUAAUAGUUCUCGUCACUUUUUCAAUGCUUAUGGUCCAAGUGAAGCAGCUGUCUGUCGAGAACUUUCAAAAACCAUGUAUCAAUAUCAUUUUUAUAUAUAUGAUUUAACAACAGCAGCACAAUUAGCCAAAUAUAAGACACUACCCAUCGGUACACCCAUUCACAAUAUACGUACUCGAGUGGUCGACUCUCAACUGAAUGAUGUACCAGUAGGUAUGCCCGGCGAACUUUUAUUAAGUGGCAUGGGUGUCUCACGAAAGGGCUACAUAGGUACUAUCAAUGAGAAGAAUAAUAAGGCUUUUGUGACAUUAAAUCAAGAACGGUGGUAUCGCACCGGUGAUUUAGUCACAACUAUAGGUCCCGAUCAUCAAAUGUUCAUUUAUUUUGGACGAAUGGAUAAUCAAGUGAAGUUAAGUGGAUGUCGAAUCGAAUUGAACGAAAUUGAAGCAGCAGUGCUCACUUGUCCUGGUGUUACGCAUUGUAUUGUUGUUUUGCAUCAAUGUGAAAAAUGUGAUGAUGAUCAUGGUGCUUUGGCAGCAUAUGUUGAUGGUACAGCAACGACAGAUUUUAUUCAAGAACACAUUAUCCAAAAACUUCCGACAUAUAUGUUGCCAACAUACAUGAUCAUACAUUCUUCUUUUUUUCUUCCUACAACUCUUUCGGGCAAGGUUAAUCGACAGUUGCUUGCCACUGAUCAGAAUGUUCAUUGUCGACAUACAAAUAAGACACCUCUAACAAGUACAGAACAACAUAUGUAUAUGCUCUGGUGUCAAAUACUCAACAAAGAAUAUGAUAUAAACAUGGUCGUAGAUCCAAAUGAUUUAACAUUUGCACAAUGUGGUGGCAACUCACUUACAAUUGCUCUUCUGCAUGCCUUACUGGUAACACAGUUUUCUAUCAAUGCACGCGUUUAUGCUCAUAUGUCAUUGAAACAAAUGGCCAAUUUAUUAGUACAACAAAACGACAAGGUUGAUGACAUUUUCUAUGAAGCCAUCAUGCACGAUCUAAAUAAUGAUACCAUUGAUUUGAACGACGUAGUUCACAGUUCUCAUUCUCGCGUGUUGGAUCAAACAUCAUCAAUAUUACUUACAGGUGCUACAGGUGCAAUUUUUCGACCUGGUCGAGUUACAGGCUCCUCUAUUUCGGGUAUUGGUUCAACAGAGGAUCUUUUCAUAUUAAUGUUACGUGGCUGUCAUGAAUUAGGUGCCUAUCCUAAAUUGAAGUUUCCAUAUGACGUGACUCCAGUCGACAUGGUGAGCAAAGCAAUCGUACGUAUUAUCACUCGACCACAAUCAUUCGCAAACUCGAUACCUUUGAUUGUUCAUUUGAUCAAUACGAAAACAAUUCCAUUCGAUGAGCAGUUCAAACUGUUAAAUCAGUUCAGUUGUCGCACAAAUCAUUUGGAAGAAUUACCGUACAAUGAAUGGUGUAAACGACUCAUCGAUCGAGUGUCAGUUGAGCAGCGGCAAUCUAAUACUUUCAAUCCACUUUUGCCUUUAAUUCCUUUUCUACAGUCUUCCUUUUGGCAACAUAUCGAGCAGUGGCCAGUAUUUACAAGAACAAAUGACGCAGAUGCUGUGAUGGAUAUGUGUCCCGAAAAACUAUUUAAACUUUAUUGCCGUGUGUGGAAACGAGCUGGUUGGUUUACUUGA